ACCGUACAUAUGCAUAUAUAUUUUGAUAUUCAAACACAAUGAGCGACUCCAAGUAUCCCACUUCGCAUGUGCGGAACGUUCAGCUGAAUGUGGAUCCGUCGGAGAGGCCCAAGGAGCCCCCAACCUGUCCACCACCCUACGAAAAGCGCAGCACGGAGUCGGAGCAUUCCGAGGAGUGUUGCGUGGACCUCGAGAAUGUGACUGUCAAGUUUCGCAUUUCCGAAACGCAAGUUGUGGCCCAGGUCUACCCUAACAACAUGACCAUUGCCGAGGUCAAGCAGGACAUCUCGCGCAAGUUCGAGGUGGACCCCGAACUAAUUAUAUUGAAGCAGAAGCAGCAACUCCUUUGCGAUGCCUUGGCCAUUAACUCUUGCCAAACUGAUCAAUUCGGCAUACACGAGUUCGAGAUGGGCCUCCGAAUCGUCGGCGAUAGCUCUAGCAGUAUUGGCUCCUUGCCUAAAUUGGAUUUGAACGUGUACUAUGAUAAAUUUCGCUUGCCCGAUUUCAUUACCGUGCACAUACCAGGCGAGAAUACCGAGGAUGGGCAGCCGAAGAACGUUGUGGUGGAAAUUGAAAACAAGGCAAUUAUCAAGCCAUUUCUCUGCGGCUACAGAGACAAAAUAAGCGGCAAGGAGUACUUGGAUGCGUUUACACAAACGGGCCCGUACUUCGAUAAGUGGAAGUAUAGACGUUAUAGAACACGUGACACGCAGACAUGGGAUAAGAAAGAGAAAACUUUGAAUACGGCCCAUGAGCAAGCCUCGCAAUGCUUUCUUGACGGCAUUAAUAUGCGGUACCUGUCCUCGGCUACGGACUUUGUCAUCGUACCGGGCAAGUAUCAGACAUAUGCCCAAAAGGAACGCGCUGAGCGUAAGCUUGAGAAGAUUCUGCUGAUACAGCGCAACUGGCGCCGCUGGAUAUUGUGGAAAUACAUACACAUACGCGCCAAGGAGUACCGGCGUUUGGUCCAUAAUCGCGAGGAGGAGGAGCAACGCUAUAAGGAGUGCGUGGAACAGCGAGUGGAGCGACAGCAGCUCAUAAAGCAAUUCCCACGCACUAAGGAUGACUUUGAUUUGCUGUAUGCUGAGGUGGGGCGCUGGAAGCGCGCAGAACUGCAGCGGAUAACGAGGCUAUAUGAAGGUCCGGCCCGCAUAUCGGAGGUAAACAUAUUGCUGGACAAGGAAAUACAGCUGCUUAAUGGCGUCGAACGGCAACGACGUCUCGUUUACAAUGCUAUGGAGGAUUUUCGCAAGGAGCAAUUGCUGAAAAAAUUAGGAAAGCCAAUCGAAUGGAUUGGUUAUAAGGACUGCAAGAUACAUUUGGAUUUGCUUCGAACUCAGCGCGUGCGGUUUCUCACGGAAGUCUUUAAGGAUUUGAACAAGCCGCUGGCCAAGGAUAAACGUCUGGAGCUAAUACGAAGUGUAAUGGAAUUGCUUGCUGAGGAGACAUGCUUUCCAAGUUUUCCGGAGCUUUUCGAUCUUUUUGAGCGCGAGAAGAAUCUGUUGCUGUACACCAAGUCUAGUGACACGGAGAUACUGCGCAAACGACAAAAUAUUCUCUUCUUCGAUCUGAUCAAGUUUCAGAAAAAGGAGCCGGAAAAACGUACACCAUCGCGCAUGUGCAUGGUAUGCAAGAAGGUAAAGCCUUACGCGCAGUUCGCUAUUCGGACGCGGCAGAGUCACGUAGAUACGUGCAAGCAUUGCUACUACUUGAAGCUGGUGGCAACGGAGAACACUGUCUACCAAUCCAUACUACGUUGCAUUCAACGUGACGAGCGCAAGCGGAAAUGUGCCACAUCAUUUGCUUUUGUCCUGCAACCGGAUGAUGUGCGUCAUAUUAUAGACAAGAUCUGGCACGGCCACUCGAUACUGAGCAAAUGCGAGGACAUUAGCGAGUUGCGAUUGCCUCGCUGGCUGAAAAGCGACGAAUGGUCUCCAUGGAACUGUGUCUGCCUGACCGAAAAGGAGACGCGGGAUCAUUACAAAAUUGUUGACCUCGAGAAGGUAUACGAUCCAAAGCUAAUACUCGAGGUCGGCAAUCGUCACAUGUUAGCACGUAGCUCCUUCCAUACUUUGGCAGCCGUGGCCACCGAAUUCCAGGAGACCGGUCAGUGGUGGAAAGUGGGCAUGAAUAAGCAGCGAACAAGCGACCUAAAUGCGGUUUAACAUUUCUUCCGUCAAGUUUUAUUAAAUCAGUAUAAUUUUAAUGAAUAUCUGCAUCUUACGCCUGCCUGAUCACGAGUUCCGUAUGUUCGCCAGCCAGUUGUAAAGAUGUGUUUCAAUCCGCUAAUAAAGGCAAACCCAUUAUUUAAAUACAAAUA